AUGAGCUGUAAAUGCAUUUAUAAGUGCAAAGAAACUUUGCGUCAUGAAAAUCGAGUUGCAGUAUUCGAUAAAUACUGGAAACUGGGCAAUUUGCAAGCACAGAGAAACUUCUUGGCUGGACUGAUCACUAAAGUCGAUAAGAAGCGUAUGGUUGUAAAUGCUAAGGUGAAUCGCAAAUUCAACAUCCAUUACUUUCUUCCUAAGAUCGAUAGUUCACGUGUUCAAGUUUGCAAAUCAACAUUUCUCGCUACACUUGAUGAAUCCGGUCGCAAGAUAAGAACAAUCAUACGCAAGCAACAUUCGGGAUUGUGUUCACCAGAUAAGAGAGCCAGCAAUGCUUAUCGUAUCCCAGCUGAUAUUUUGCAAAAAAUUCAUACUCAUAUCCAAUCCUUUCCUUGCGUACCAAGUCACUAUACUCGUGCCAACAGCAAACGCCAAUACCUCGAGCCUCAUCUGUCAGUUAAGAAAAUGUACGUUGAUUUUACUGAAUCUCUUCCUGAAGAUGUCAAACCCUGCAGCCUUCAGACAUAUCGCAACAUUUUCAACACCGAAUACAACCUUGGCUUUCAUCAUCCAAAAAAAGAUCGAUGUGACUUCUGCGCCAAAUAUGAAGAGUAUCCUGUAGGAACAGAAAAAGAUAAUAUGACUCCUGAAUAUGACGCCCACAUUAUCGCAAAAAAUCAAGCAAGACUGAAAAUGCUUGAAGAUAGUAAUAAGUCUAAAAAUGAUAGGAUGUUCAAGUGUUUCACAUUUGACCUACAGCAAGUUCUUCUGGCCCCAUAUUUCAAUGUCAAAAGCUUCUACUACAAAAGAAAGCUGUGUGUCUACAAUUUGACGAUUUACGAUCAUGGCGCAGGUAAAGGCUACUGCUACGUUUGGGACGAAACAAUUGCACAACGUGGUAGCUGCGAUAUUGCUUCAUGUAUCGUUCAACAUAUCAAUACUCAAUGUUCUGAAGCUGAGCACAUUUCUCUCUACAGUGAUGGUUGCGGCGGCCAGAAUAAGAAUCGUUUCGUAUUCACUGCUUUGCUACAUACUAUGCGAAAAUUCUCAAAUCUAAAAUCAAUCGAAAUAACGUUCUUAGUCUCUGGUCAUACCCAAAUGGUUUGCGAUUCAGUGCAUGGGACUAUCGAAAUGGCAAAAAAGGGGCAAAAAAUCUAUGUUCCACAGGAUUGGCUUCAGGUGAUCGAAAAGGCUAAAGUUCAUGGAAUUCGAUACGAUGCUGUCCCUAUGAAUCAGAAAUCCUUCAUUGAUUUCAAAGCAGUGAAUGAAAAGCUAUUCGACAUGAAACUCAAUUCAAAGACUGUUGAUGGCAAUAAGGUCAAAUGGAGCAAGAUUGUUUCAUGUCGAUUCGAAAAAGGUUCAGAGAAUCAACUGAAAAUUAAAUAUGGAUAUGAUGAUGAGGAAUAUGCCAUUGUCAAACUGGGCAAAACAGCAACCGAUGUUGAAAUUGCUCAAGAGUUACCUCAACUCUAUUCUUCAAUUUUGCCAAUUUCUUUAGCGAAAAAGAAAGAUUUGAUCACUAUUUCAAAUGCUGUCACCUUCCCAGACACAGCAAGACAAUAUUACCAGAAUCUUGAGGUCAAUCGAGGAAAAAGUAGGGGUUCAGAUGAAUCAUUUCCUGUGCGACAUGAUCAGUCAGCUCAUGAUGCAGACGCUGAUGAAGAUCAGGAAAUGAACUUGGAAUCGCCUCCAGGUCUAGAAGAUACUUACUCCAAAUCGGGUGAAAAAAAAGAACAACCGUCCAAGAAGAGAAACUCGAAGCGCGAGAAAGUAAAGCGGAUUAUAAAAUUGUGA